CCCCGCUCGUCACCCCCCUCCCCCUGUCCCCCUCCCCUGGCCCUUUCUUUGGCCCUUUUUAUUUUUUAAUAUCCCCAUGGACCAACCAACACCACUGCAGCCCCAGUCAGAGCCACAACAGCAGCACCAACAGGAGAACCAGACACACCAGCACUCGACACACCCAGCUGACCAGGACAGGAUAGCAUCGUCAGAAGUCCUUCAACCCCACCACCACGACCAACUACAGCAGCACCAACACUUCAACCCCGAAGCAGGACCACAACCAGAGCAGGAGGACGACGACGAAGAGGACCAAGGCUCGGACUCAUGCCUCGUCGUUCGUGCUCUCUAUCCCUUCCACUCUGAAGACAACACCUCGCUCUCAUUCCAGAAGGAUGAGCUGAUCCAGGUCCUCACCCAGCUCGAGUCCGGCUGGUGGUAUGGCUACUGCAGAGAAGAACGAGGAUGGUUCCCCUCCAACUACGUCGAGCUGAUCACCCACGACGACAUCGAUUCUGCCAGCGAGGAUGCCAGCGAGGAUGAAGCUGCGAGCGACGAUCUCUGGCUACCCAAGACCACAGCCGAUGGUCAGGUCUUUUACUUCAAUACCCGCACAGGCGACUCGUCAUGGUCCAUUCCAGCACCGUCCCUCCGAUCCAGAGAGAUCGCAAUCGAGGAGCAGGAGGAUGCAAUCGAUCGUAACAAUACCAGACACAGCAAUGAUCUCGACUACAACAAUCCGACGAAUGACAUCGCCUUCAAGAUGUUGAGCAGUGCGUCUUCCGCCGGAGCGAAUGCUGGACUUGGUCAUGAACCCACUGACACAGAAAGUCAAAGCGGUUCGACGCGACCUAGCUCCUGGCAAACGUCCGCAAUUCCGACUCGAGCGGGCUCGCCUGAAUCACAAGAACCUGACGCAGCCCUCACGGGCCUUCGCAAGCCCUCAGGGUGGACAACACCCUCCCAUGAUGCUGCGUCCACACCGGUCCUGCCUCCUCUUCCAAGCGUCUCCAAUCCAUUUGACCCGGAGCCCACGUGGGAGUCCCUUGCAGAUCACACCACAGGGGCCCUCCAGAAUUUGCUCCACUCGGCGGAGAAAGGUUAUAGGGCAUACUAUCAGAUUCAGGCAACUCAGGUCGUUGAAGCCAUCAGGGUAAUGCUCUACGCUUCUGGAACAGUCGACAAGGACUCUGCACCGGUACGCAUGCAUAGGGGACUGAAGUUGCAUCAUCGGCAAAUCAUGGCUGCGGUCUCGAAGCUGGUGCUCUCCGCCAAAAUGGCGUCUAGUUUCUGGCCCGCAGAAGGUGCUGUUACGAAGAUGCUGGCGGAUGCAAACGAUGUGGCCCAGGCUGUCCACCAGUUCAUUUUUACGGCCCAAAGUGCCGGCGUCACCGUUCACGAGGUUGAUGCCAAGCUCAUCCUCGAUCCCGAGAGUCCGUACGAGUGCAAACCCACGAAGCGAUUGAGCCGCGCGGUAUCGAAUGCGUCACGCAUCUCGAGCGAAGCCGGCGACCAGAAUCCAUACAGAUCAUCCAACUCCGCCGUAGGACUUGUCAACCAACUCGACUACUAUGCCAAGAGUUCAAGCAAGGCCUUGGGAGUACUUGCAUUGCAACUGAGAAAGGCCAUCGACUCAUCACUUGAUCCUGCACAGCCUGUGCCUUCGUCUCGUCUUUCCCUGGGCUCCUCCAUAUUGAACUCUGCCCAGUCGUCGCAGCUCGUGAACCAGUGCCACCAAACUAUCUCUCAGCUCGGCUCAUUGUUGAACCUCGUCGGAGAGUUUUAUACCCAGACCUUGAACGAACACCCUACGAUAGAGGACCACAUUUUCAUCAGCGUCCGCAGUUCCAAGCAGAUUCUCUACAACAAUGUCGCAGCGCUUGUCAUGGCCAUCCAGCUGGCCACAGACCCGAUGGUUCAAACAACGGUUCUGGAGAUGGCGCUUGAGGCGACAUCAACGGCUGAAAAAUCGACGCAGGACCUCGUAGGAUUCGCCCGCACCCUUUCCAUGGAAAGGGAACACGCAGAGAGGGCAGCUCGAUUCAAUGGCAAAGCCGACUCCAACUCUACACUGGUCUCGCAACAUACUUAUGUCCUACACCGACAAACUGAAAUCGAUAUGUACUUUCAGGAGCAGGACUCGGAUCUGGAUGGCGAGGCCGCCAAAAACUCACGGAAUCGCUCCAACUCACAGCUCUCCACCUUCUCGAGCACCUCGUCUGCCUCAAACAUCUCCGCUCCAACAACGCCAGGAACAGAAUACACAGGUCGUUCGCAACCGAACGGCUACCCGUUUCCAUCCACUCUCCCUUACGAUCGUCCACAGUCGCCUUCGCUUCCAGUACCACUGACUCCCGGCGUUAGUGCGACCCCACAAAAGCAGGAUGCCCGGGGUGAAAAGUUGAAGAAAAUGCUGGGCGACGAUGCGCCUGCACCGAAGCCCAAUAAGCAGGCGGAACAGCCAUGGUUUCUCGGGCAUGAUUAUUCACCAGCCGACAUCUCGUUCAACAUGGAGGGCCACGUUCGAGGAGGAACGUUGCCUGCACUGGUGGAGCGCUUGACACUCCAUGACGGACUGGACUCGAACUUUGUUGCAACCUUUUUGCUAACCUAUCGCUCGUUUGCCACCACGGAACAACUAUUUACACUGCUGUUCCGUCGCUUCACCGUUACGCCGCCACCGGGUCUGGACGUUCCAGAGACGGAGCAAUGGCAGGAGAGGAAGCUGACGCCCAUUCGCCUACGCGUCUUCAACAUCAUCAAGUCAUGGCUGGAGAACUAUUACCUUGAGGACGAAGCAGAGGACCGACAGAUUUUGCCAAAGAUCAAGGAGUUUUCGGGAUCCACUCUGGUGCGUGACACCAUGAAUUUUGCUGCUCUACAGCUUAUCAAGUUGGUAGAAAAGCGAGAGACAUCAGACGGGGCCUUCCGCAGGAUGGUACUCAACCUUACAACACAGGCACCUCAACCCAUCACGCCUCGCAAUCUAAAGCGCAUUAGGUUCAUGGAUCUGGAUCCGCUGGAGCUUGCGCGUCAGUUGACGAUCAUGGAGGCAACAUACUACAAUAAAAUCAAGCCGAUCGAGUGUCUGGCCAAGGCGUGGACGAGUGAUGAUCCUGAGCUGGCAGGCAAGGCUGUGAAUAUCAAGAAAAUGAUCGAGACCAGCAAUCUUUUCUCCAACUGGAUCAAUGAGGUCGUCCUGAGCGAGAAGGAUCCCAAGAAGCGAGCAGGCGUCAUCAAGUACCUUGUCGUUCUUGCUGAAAAACUGCGCCAGCUCAACAACUUUGACUUGCUCUCUGCGACGACGGCUGCGCUUUCCCAGUCACCCAUUCAUCGGCUGAAGCGCACCUGGGAGCUGGUUCCUUCCAAGACAAUGAACUCUCUUGGGACACUGCAAGCACUUACAAGUUCUGCCAAGAACUGGGCCGAUUACCGCACCGAACUGCACUCUGUGAACCCGCCAUGCGUGCCCUUCGUGGGUCUGUAUCUGACUGAUUUGGUCAUGAUCCAGGACGGCAAUCCGGAUUUUCUCCGCAAGACGGAUAACCACAUUAAUUUUUACAAGCGUGUCAGCACAGCAGAGGUCAUUCGGGAAAUUCAGGGGUACCAGGCCGUCCCUUACUGCCUAACGAUGGUCCCGGAGAUCCAGGCCUUCAUUCGCCGCGGAAUGGAUAAUGCAAAGUCGGUUGCAGAGCUCUAUGACAUGAGUUUGGCGCUGGAACCUAGGACAAGACCCAUCACUGUGGUCUCACAGACGUCGGGCAUACCUGCCUUCAACGGAGUUGGCAUGCCAGUUCUAGAUCUUGGUGUUUGAGGAAGAAAGACUGAACAACAGGCAUCUGGGCAAGCGACAAAGAUACACACCGAAAUAGACGAGAGCAUUCUUCGUUCUCUCGUAGAUACCAUAUCCAUCCCACCAAGCGUUCAUCCAGGACCCAUCCUCCUUGUAUUUUUCUCAUUUUUUUGAUUCAACUGCAUAACCAAGCACACACCGCUCCAGUGCGGACGAAACUUCGUUCGCAUUGAGGCAAUUCAUUUUUUCCUUGCUCCAUUUUGUUUUGCAAGACCAAUCUGCAUCCUACUUAGCAUAGUUCCUCUAUAAUAUCUAUAUAUCUAUCUACCUAUCUACCUAUCUAUCCAUAUAUCUACAUCAUACCAUGGCAGCAACAGCCAGAAAGAAUUGAAAUGCACGUCGAAAAUGGCU